UUAUAGAUAAACCGAUACGACCGGAUAUCCGGUUUGACAAGCUAGCGAUAUGGUUGUGUCGGUAGCAGCCGUAUAAAUCGACAGCAACCAGCCACAAAUGCUGAGAUGAACCGGUUGAAGAGACAUGAACCGGGUAUCGCGAGACUAGCUCGGUUGACAGUGCGUUUAUAAAACAACGCGAGAGUCGGAAAUGCCCGCGAAGCUAUUCUCACGCAUGCUCCGUAGCUCACCAAGACAACGAGAAUGGAUGUAAAUAGUAGCAGCGUUAGCGGGUCACCGAGAAAGAUUUUCAAUACAGCAGCCAGACAAAAGUCUAAAGUGUGGAACGUUUUCGGGUUUUACAAGAAGGACGGAAAACUCGACAAAAACCACGCUAUUUGUAAGCUAUGCAGAGCACCUCUGAAGUACACUGGUAGCACAACAAACCUUGAUCAACAUGCAACGAGAAAACACAGAGAGGAGUAUGGCGAACUUCUCAAGCCCCAUAACAACGAGCAGGAGCAGGCAGCUGCCACACAGAGAGCGACGGGUAACGUUAUCACUAAAUUUUACGGGCAACUCGGCGACAGUUCAUCACGAGCUAAGGAUAUAACGGCAUCAAUAACCCGUUUCAUAGCUAAGGGCUUAUGGCCGUACAAUAUAGUGGAGGGGGAAGGAUUUCAGGAUUUGAUUCAUACGUUAGAGCCCAGAUAUAAGAUUCCGUCCCGGCAGCAUAUCACAAACACAUGCAUGCCAGCGUUGUAUGCCCAAGUGAAGAGCCAAGUUGAAAAAGAAUUGGCACAUGCAGAGCGAGUUGCUAUUACAACCGAUGCCUGGACGUCAUGCUCCACUGAGUCUUAUGUGACCAUCACUGUCCACUACAUCUCUCCAGACUGGAAGUUAAAUGUGCAUGUGUUGCAAACCAGGGCAUUCAAAGGAUCCCACACUGGGAAAAACAUUGGUGCUCUGCUAAAACAGGCAUGUGUUGACUGGAACCUUCUUGAUAAAGAUCCAGCCCUGGUGACAGACAAUGCCACAAACAUGGUAUUAGCUGGAGUGGAAGCAGAGAUGACCCCUCACCUCAUGUGCUUUGCACACACUAUUAAUCUCGCCACACAGAAAGCCUUUAAAGUUGACACAGUAGCAAGGUUGCUGGGGAGAGUGAGGAAAGCCGUUGCCUUUUUUCAUCGUAGUGUGAGGGCAGCAGAAAUCCUUCAAGAGAAACAGAAACAACUAGCCUUGCCUUCCCACAAACUCAUCCAAGAUGUAUCCACGCGGUGGAAUAGCUCCCAUGACAUGCUUGAACGCUUUUUUGAGCAACAUCCUGCGAUUUCUGCAGCACUCAUGUCCAGGGACCUCAGAAAAGGAGAAGAGGUGAAUACUCUCAAGGACAAAGACUUCUGCGACAUUGAAGACAUUGUCAAACUGAUGGCGCCGGUCAAACUUGUGACUACCAGCAUGUCUGAAGACAAGCGACCCACACUCUCAAUGAUUCUUCCUGUAAAAGCAAAGCUUAAAAAGAACUUUGAACCAUCAGAUGAAGACUCAGUGUUAAUCAGAGAGAUGAAGCAGGCGUUCAAGAAUGACUUGGAGAAACGCUACACAGGCCUUGAAGAUCUCUUCCACACUGCAGCAGCUCUGGACCCCCGUUUUAAGUCCCUGCCCUUCCUCAGUAACCAUGAUGCAGAGAGGACAUUCACAAGCAUAUCAGCAGAAGCAGCAUCCCUGCAUCACAAGGUAACGGGGGGUUCAGUUCAGAGAGGUCCAGUGCAGACUGAUCCAUGUCAGAGUGAACCUGCAAAUGGAGAUCCGGACGUCUGCAUUGAUGUACCCCAGACCCAAGAUGAGCAUAAAGAUGAUAAACCUCCUUGUAAAAAGAAGAGAAUGUCAGCCCUGGACCAGCUGUUGGGAGAAGACUUUCAAGUAAGGACGGCAUCUAGAUCUGUGAGGGACCAGGCCAAUGAAGAAGUCAAGAGGUACAGAGAGCGUGAUCCUUUGCCCCUGAAAAAAAACCCACUACAGUGGUGGAAAGAGCAACAGGACUUGCCACUGCUGUCAUCUAUGGCUAAAAUGUAUCUGUGCAUACCGGCCACCAGUGUGGCAUCUGAGAGAGUUUUCAGCACUGCAGGAGGAGCCGUGGAGGGAAAUUCUGAUGCCACCGGGUCGACCACUGGAUACUUCUCCCACCAGCAGCUCAGUUACUGGGCGGCUCACGCCGUGGACCCAUGGGUGGUUGCCACUCUGACCCAUGGUUACAGACUACAGUCCCGAUGGCGGCCCCACAUCUCACACCGGGUCAAGCAGGACAUGGCCGCUUUCUCAGGUUUGCUUAUUGGGGUCAUCACUGGCAGUUCCGGGUACUCCCAUUCGGGCUCUCUCUCUUUCCCCAAGGGUGUUCACUCGGUGCGUGAAGGCAGCCCUCUCUCCUCUGCAGGCCUACGGAGUUUGGGCUUUAAUGUCAACCUGGAGAAGAGCUGCCUGAUCCCUUCCCAGACGAUCACCUUUCUUUGGUGGCUCUGGAUUCACCCUCCAUGA